AUGGCCUCAUCUAAAGCCAAGCCCUUGUCUUUAGAAGACUGCCGUUGUCUCCUUUGUAUGGAAUUCCUCAUUGAGCCCAUAACUCUGCCUUGUAACCACACAGUUUGCAAAGCAUGCUUUAAAGCACUUCUGAGGAAAACAAAUGUAUCCUGCCCCUUCUGCCGCUCUUUGAUCUCUUCAUGGGCUCGGCACCAUACUCAUAUAAACAGUUUUAUCAAUAAGGAACUGUGGGGAAGACUUCAAACUCAGUACCCAGAGGAAUGCAGACAUAGGCUCCCUGGGGAAGAACCGAGCGCAUUUGUCUUCAAUGAUGAUCCUCCAAUUCGAGUGCUAAGUAAUCCUGGGGAAUUGAGGAAAGAGUAUGAAGAGGAGAUGAUUAGGAUGGAGGCCGAGCGCCAGGCCAUCAAGGAAAGACAAAACAAAGCCACUGAGGAAUAUAUAAGGCAAUUACUGGCACAGGAAUUGGAGGAGGAAAUAGUACUGGAAGAAAAGCGCAGACUGGAAGAACAACAGCCAAGAAAGGAGGAAGAGGUUCAAAAGGGCUGCACAAGUGAUCCAGUCAGAUCGCCAAGAAAAAAAAAGUGUAAACAAAAGCACUGUGACAAUGUUCCGAAGUUUCCCCCUCCUCAGCUUGAGUCAGCAUUGCAGUAUGAAACUGUGCAAUAUGGCAAGAAAACUCUCUUGUCUGUCGGGGGACAAGAAACGAAAACGGAAUUAAGUAUGCCAGCAGCAGCUACUUUGUCAACAGGUCCUGAGAAUCCUGAACAAGGUACUUUAAGCUCACGUGACUCCAUAUUUUAUAGCUAUGGUGCAAAAGUGAGUUCAGAAGAUGAGACAUCAAAACCAAGCUGCUCCAAUGACAACUCUUAUGUUCCACUUAAGAACAUUAAACCUGAAGCUACCACUCAUUCUUCUGCCCAGGUAGAGAAUAUAAGCAAUGAGUCAGGCAUAACAGAAGGAAUUGGAAACUGCACAACUAAGGAAAAAGGAAAAAUGCCCCCUCCUUCGAGCAGUAAACAUACUUCUAAAAGAAAGCACCAGGAAUCGGCUUCUGAAGCAGCAGCUAGCACUUCUUAUGAAAUACCCACUAAAUCUUACUUGGAUGACAAGGAAACACAAAAUCCCAUUGCCAGAAAGCUGAUAGACUUGGAACAAUUGUAUUAUAAGAAGCAUGUACAAGAAAAACAAGAUAGGUUAUUUGCAUUGGAGCUUCAAAAAGCAUUUGAUGAAGAAACGUGGGAAAGGAGGGCUAAAAAGUCCCUGCUGAACUACCCAUUCCACAGUGAUGCCUCCGGUCCAGACACCUCAGUGAAAGACGAUUCCAAAGAUAAGAACACCUGA